AUCUCAGACGGUUCUUGAUGCAUAAAGGCAGCACCCCCGGCUAGACCACCAAAAUUACUUGAUAUCUGGUGUUUAUAAAAGAAGUACUAAUCUUUUUGUUGAUGCUACAGUAUAAGAUCAGAGUGCAGGUUGAUUAUACAGCAGAAGGCAAGCUAGCAAGAUGGCGCUGGGUGCAAUCAUCGUCUUUAUGGUUGCGAUAACAGAAACAGUUGGGGGAAGCAGUCAAGCAAACCGUUGUAUAAAUGAUUGGGAUGCCUUGUCAGUCAAAUUUCCAAAUCGGAUGAACCUUCCAAUAACAAUCGAACAAGCAGUAGAGCAAGGAUGGGUAAAGAAAGAUGCAAGGUCUUGUAAAGAUCAUUCUUAUUUCGUUGGCAAACGUUGGGAGCUUCCAGGAUCAGAAAUGCCAUACAUUCUUUUUGGCGAAAACAACAAAUUGGCUGGAAUUCAGUCGGUGUUUCCAAAUACAAUCGAGGUUCCAAAACACUACAAGGAAAUGUUCCAAGAAGAGAAUACGAGGUACCAUUUAACAGCUUACUUCACUCAGCCAGAAAACAUAUGCUGGGACAAGGCGCCUUCAGAAAGACACUGCAUUGGCAAUUCGCUUUACAUCCAAGUCGGAUCCAAUAAGAAUCACGUGCUCAAAGUACCAUUGCUUCAGCAGAAUUUGAAGAACACAAAUUGGGUCAUUGGCCAUUGUUUUAAUGGAAUGGGCACGCAUUAUUGGUACAAUGUUACAUCAUAUAUGAAGUACGAAGAUUUCUUACCGGUUUUCCUCUUGUACAACGAUGGCAGACUGAAUGGCUUUGGAUGGGCAGUGAAAGGCAACACCCCUGGUAACAUGUCAUAUGAGCAUCCACCUGCUUAUGCAAUUGAGCUUUUUUUCAGAGAUGCGACGCUUCCAAGAUUCAUGAUCCAAUUGAGGCAUCGCACGACUCAACAUUUUUUCAUGCAGUCGGACAUAAAGAAAUACAACACGUGCUCAAUGUUGGGAAUGUUUAAGCAUUAUCGAGGCAAUUAGCUACAUUUUUCAGACAUGUUAUUUUGAUGUAGUAGCUAAUAAAAAUGACGCAAAUCUUUGCAAGUCUUUCUUGAAAAAUUGUAUCUCUUAGUUCCAAAGAAAAUAUACAAAAAUUUAAAUCAAAAAGUUCAAUGCCUCUUAAAUUAUUUGACCUGUUUAACAACCAUAACAAGCAAUCCGAAUGAGUAGAAGAAAAAGAGCAUUCUUCCAUCGACUAGCGUAACUUUGUUCAUGCAAAUUUCAGAUGCCAAAAAGAGAUAAAAUUCAAACAGAAAAAGUAGAGUGCAGAAAAUAUUUUGGCUCUACGGUUGUGAGACGGAGGAAAAUCAUCCUACAACGCAGUAGUUUUGAAGAAUACCAAUGCAUAACUACCAACAAUAUAUGAUUGUGCUUCAAUUCUAUUUCUAAGGAAUAUUUGUACAGAAGAGAUAAGGAAAAGUUUGAGGAAGGCGUGUACGUUUAGGGCAAAUUUCAUUCGGAGGAAGGUUAGGGCAUUUUCUGAACAUUGCCAAAAAGUUGGCAUUACUAAAAUGGGGUAGGGUGACUAAGAGCGCAAAAAAUUGCCCAUUUGUAGCGUCAAGUGGCCUUGCACCGUGUGUGGAAGAAACUAAAAAAAUCAUUACCUGCUCCAAGGUAAAUUGGACCCUUGAAGCUUAAAAAAGACUAAAUAUUUUGGCUACUCGAGCACUGCUACGAUAGGCUUAAACUCUCACAUAUAAAAACCCCGGUGGAACCGAGAAGGCGAAUAAAUAGAUCAUUUAACAUUACAACAUUUAACAUCUAAUGAACAAAUAGAUCAUUUAACAUGAACCGAGAAGGCCAAUAAAUAGAUCAUUUAACAUGAUCACUAAAGAAGAAAUUUCAACUAGGCCCGGUUUUGGUAAUUGUUGCAUACUUGUUCCCUAUGAGAGUAAGAAAUAUAAGGCUAAUCUUUC